GAACAUGGAUUCACUUAUUUUUUUUAACAUACAGCAGGAUAAGAGCAUGCAACUGGGACCAUGUGGCGGAAAUGGAGGAAAUCAUUGGGAUGAUGGAGUACACAGUGGAAUUAAAGAAAUCACUCUUGUCUACAGCAGUUGCAUCGACUCAAUCCGUGUUAUAUAUGAUAACAAUGGUUUACCCUUUGCAGCUGGAAAACAUGGAGGCAUGGGUGGAACCCAAAGUGCUCAAAUUAAGUUGAAAUUUCCGGAAGAGGUAUUGAUAAGUGUUAGCGGCCAUUAUUACCCUGUGGUAUAUGGCGGCGGCCCCGUGAUUAGAUCACUCACUUUCAAGAGCAACCAAAGGAUAUACGGGCCAUAUGGGGUUGAAGAAGGAACGCCCUUCAAUUUAUCGACAAACGGAGGUCAGAUUUUGGGGUUUUUUGGAACAAGUGGGUGGUUUCUGGACUCACUCGGGUUCUGCUUAUCACCCCCUAAACCAACACUCUUCCAAAGAAUCCAAAUGAUGUUUAGAGAAUUUAACCCUCUUGCUAUAAAAAAUGGUAAACUUAAGAAUACUAAGAGGCUCGAAAGGUCAUAAUUAGGACACGUCACAAGUAUCUCAUGUAUCUGUUCUUGGGUGUGUCUUGAGUCAGUUUGAUGUUUCCUUUAGCGUAUUUUAUGUUCUGCACAAGUUCUUUUCUUUCAGUAUGGUACUGUAACUCUGUAAGGAUAUAUAGUUCUUUCUGUCAGUUUGAUUGAA